UUUGUACCGCAGAUUGAUCUGACAGGAUCCGUGACGAGCAGUUUCCAUCAUCCGGUUCGGAUUUAUUAACGAUCUUCUCGGCCGAACCCAUCGCCCAUACAGCCUUGUAUCGGUUUAUUUGGCCGGUUCUGCUCGUGUCCAAAAGUACCAGCCGGUGACAUUGUGGGUUUGAGGUGAAAUCUGAGGAAUAAUGUCGUCAGGAAACCCUGAAUAUUCGUCGUUCUUCGCAGUGAUGGGCGCAUCAGCAGCGAUGGUCUUUAGCGCGUUGGGCGCAGCGUACGGCACAGCUAAAAGCGGUACGGGUAUCGCUGCCAUGUCAGUGAUGCGUCCAGAGCUGAUCAUGAAGUCCAUCAUUCCUGUCGUCAUGGCGGGAAUCAUAGCCAUUUACGGCCUGGUGGUGGCUGUUCUCAUUGCCAACAACAUCUCUGACAAGAUCACUCUGUACAAGAGUUUCUUGCAUCUGGGCGCAGGGCUCAGCGUGGGUCUGAGUGGAUUGGCAGCCGGUUUUGCCAUCGGCAUCGUGGGAGACGCAGGCGUGCGUGGCACCGCCCAGCAGCCACGCCUCUUCGUCGGCAUGAUCCUCAUUCUGAUCUUCGCUGAAGUCCUGGGUCUGUACGGCCUCAUUGUAGCUCUGAUUCUCUCUACCAAAUAAACUGGCAGUCGGCAUGCGGCGAUGCCCCACCAGACGAUGGGGGACUUGGAACACAGAACAAAAAAAUGCGGGAAGGGGGAACAUUUUCGAAACCUUAAACUAAAAAUGAAUAUUAGAAGAUUUGAUGAAAUGAAAGGUGGGGAAUAAUCCUACACGUUAUAACGUUCGGUUUUAUCUUUGCAACGUGUACAGUCGUCCCAGUUUGAUAGUUUUGAUUUCUUGUAAAUGCGGUAUAUAGUGAUUUCGUCCUGUGUCUGUGAAGAAAAAAAUAGAAUAAUAAUGGAAGUAAUAGUUCUGUUUGUUUCCCGCCCCCACUUACCUAUCAGUCUGUUAGCCAAUCACGCGUUCUCUUUCACUCCCUUUACGUUAGACUGGUAAACGAAUGAAUGCUCGUGGUUCCUGUCUUUUCGUGUUUUGGGAGUUUUAUACAUUUGAUUUCUGCAUUGAUGUCAAAGAUGUGUUUGUGAAGUGGAAAAAAAACAGCUGAUGAAUCUGUAUGUGGAAUGGAA